CCGGCGGGGCGGGCUGCAGCGGCGGCGGGGCGUCUGCGGCGGGGAGCGGGAGGAGGCGAAGGGGGCUGAGGCGGCGGUGAAGGGGGUUGAGGCGGCUCGGAGGAGCGAUGCUGCUCGCUUCGGCCGUGGUGGUGUGGGAAUGGCUCAACGAGCACGGGCGGUGGCGGCCCUACAGCCCGGCCGUCAGCCACCACAUCGAGGCGGUGGCCCGUGCCGGGCCGCGGGCGGGAGGCAGCGUGGUGCUGGGCCAGGCCGACAGCCGCCUGGCGCCUUACAUCAUCGACCUGCAGUCCAUGCACCAGUUCCGCCAGGACACCGGCACCAUCCGCCCGGUGCGGCGCAGCUACUACGACCCGUCGUCGGCACCGGGCAAGGGCGUCGUGUGGGAGUGGGAGAACGACAGCGGCUCGUGGACGCCCUACGACAUGGACGUGGGCAUCACCAUCCAGCGCGCCUACGAGAAGCAGCACCCCUGGGUGGACCUGAGCACCAUCGGCUUCUGCUACGUCAUUGACUUCGCCACCAUGGGCCAGAUCAACCGGCAGACCCAGCGCAAGCGCCGUGUCCGCCGCCGCCUCGACAUGGUCUACCCGCUGGUCUCGGGCACCCUGCCCAAGUCACAGUCGUGGCCGGCCAGCCCGGGGGCGGCCGCGGCCCCCCCGGCACCCACCUGCGCCUGCCCCCAGUGCCUCCUGGUCAUGAGCGUCAAAGCCGCCGUGUCCGCGGGUGGCCUCGGGGCUGCCACCCUGCAGCCUCGCAAAGCCCCCCCCGCAGCCCCCGCAGCCCCCAAAGCCCCCGCGCCAGCCCCAGGGGCCAAGGCAGCCGACGGUACGGCUGCGGCACGUGGCUCGCUGAAGGUGCUGGGCUCCCAGGGGGGCCGGCAGCAGGCGGCCAGCACGCCGGCACUGAGCUCCGUCGUCUCCGCCGCCAGCCCCCCCGGCCCCGGCCCUGGCGCCGGCAGCGGCAAGGCAUCCCGCCCCGGCCUCGGCACCCUGAACCGCAGCCACCUGCAGCGCCUGGCCAUCGCCCAGUCCCGGGUGCUCAUCGCCUCCGGGGUCCCCACCGUCCCCGUGAAGAACCUCAACGGCUCCAGCCCCGUGAACCCCGCGCUGGCAGGCAUCACAGGGAUCCUGAUGAGCGCGGCGGGGCUGCCUGUCUGCCUGACGCGGCCGCCCAAGCUGGUGCUGCACCCGCCGCCUGUCAGCAAAAGCGAGAUCCAGUCCAUCCCUGGCAUCUCCCACACCUGCCGCAAGACCACCAAGAAGCAGGCCAAGAAGGGUAAAACCCCCGAGGAGGUACUGAAGAAAUACCUGCAGAAGGUGCGGCACCCACCCGAUGAGGACUGCACCAUCUGCAUGGAGCGCCUCUCAGCACCCUCCGGCUACAAGGGGCCCCAGCCCGCCAUCAAGCCCGACCUGGUGGGGAAGCUGGCGAAAUGUGGCCACAUCUUCCACCUCCACUGCCUGGUGGCCAUGUACAACAACGGCAACAAGGAUGGCAGCCUGCAGUGUCCGACCUGCAAAACCAUCUAUGGGGUGAAGACGGGGACGCAGCCCCCGGGGAAGAUGGAGUAUCACAUCAUCCCUCACGCGCUGCCCGGCCACUCGGACUGCAAAACCAUCCGCAUCAUCUACAACAUCCCCCCAGGGGUGCAGGGACCAGAGCAUCCAAACCCGGGGAAGAGCUUCACUGCCCGCGGCUUCCCCCGGCACUGUUACCUGCCCGACAGCGAGAAGGGCAGGAAGGUACUGAAGUUGCUGCUGGUGGCCUGGGACCGGCGCUUGAUCUUUGCCAUCGGGACCUCAAGCACCACGGGCGAGUCGGACACGGUGAUAUGGAACGAGAUCCACCACAAGACAGAGUUUGGCUCCAACCUCACUGGCCACGGCUACCCUGACAUCAACUACCUGGACAAUGUCUUGGCUGAGCUGGCGGCCCAGGGCAUCACGGAGGAGAGCCUGGCCCAGGAGAAGGACUGAGACCGCCACGGGGAGGGUUGCCUACUGCCCCCCCUGCGGAUAAGGCAGCACCCCCUCAAGCAGGGGCAUCUCCAGGCUGUCUGGGGGCAUGGGAGAACGUCUUUUGGGACAUCCCUUCCCUGCUGGCAGAGCCGGUUGGUGCUCUGAGCCACGGGGGUUCAGCGGGCCUGGCCGUCCCUGCCAGCUAGCCGCUGUUGUGUGCUGUCCUGGGGAGCUGGGGGUCGCCAUGGGCAGGCCAGACCUCUCCCCUCUCCUCGCCUGGGUCCCUGAUCCCCCUCCCAGCACCCACCUGGGGUUGGGACCCCAUCCUGGUGCUGGGCGGAAGGGGUGGGAGCAGGGGUUGUGGGGUGGGAGCAGGGACUAUGGGGGUCCCUCUCGCUCUGGCCCUGCCUCGUCCCUUACCCAUUUGUUUGUUUGUUUGUCCCGUCUGGUACCUCCUGGGUGGUCUCUGUCCACAGAGGUUGGAGCGGGGGGGCCCUGGUCCACCUUAACCGGCCCCUCCACCCCAUAUCCCCUCUCUUCUUGGCUGUGUCUGAGUUGUGUCCUGUGGGGUCCCCUUGUCCGGGCUGCCCCUGUGCUGGGAAGGGGCUGAAGGGUGGUAGAAAGCCGAGUGUGGGGGGCAGUAUGUCUCUCCCCCACAGUAGUGGGUUCCUUGAACUGUUUGUAUGGGGGUGUCCCCGUGUCAAAUUUUAUAUACCUCGUGUUUUGGGGGUUUGUCGUAUAUAUGUACAUAUAGGGCUGGUGGUGUUUGGGGUGGCAGCCUGGCAGCUGGGAGGACGUGAUGUGGGGCAGGGGCUGAGCCUGGUGAUGCUCGUGAUGGGGUGGGGGUGGCCCAAAAGCAGUCGGUGCCCCCCAGUGGGGGUCUCUGUUGGAUCCCAUCCCCUCCCUGCUGUAUCCCAGCACGGUUCCAAGACUAGACGGUCCCUGGUGAAGUUUUUUGGGGGGCUGGGCGGACAUGGCUGGUGGGGGGAGGACAGGGUGGCUGGCAGUGGGUUGGCACAGUGAUUUUGGGGCUGAAGGGGUUGAUGUGUGGGGGGGAGGUAGGGCGGUGGUGGGGAGGGGGUUUGCAUGGCAUCUUGUGGUCCCCACCAGCCCUGGGGACUUCACAAGGCCUCUUAGAGCCACAUGUGGGACAGGGGUCCCAGUGUCUGGGGUGCUUCAUUGGGGAAAUCCUCCCCAUUGCUCUGUGCCCACUUCUGGCCCCCACCCCGUGAGAGAGACCCCGUUUCAGCGAGCCAGGCAGGGGCAGCGCUGCGGCUGCCCAAGCUGCCCCCUGUGGGGUUAGGUCCUCCUAGUCCCUUUUUGUUUAGCCCCCUUUCUCGGCCCACUCCUGCUUUUCCUUUGGGGUCGGUUUGCCCUCUGUCCCGGAGGCUGGCGGUGUGGGGUCUGUCCUGAUGUGCGUCAUUCUGUUGUCAUCGCUGUUUCUCCUCUUUCCCCCCCAUCUGCGGGCUCGUGGCCGCCAGCCGGCCACCCCGCAGGGGAUCAAUAAAAAACGGAUGGUGGAGGAUGCUCGCUGUCCCUGCGCGGCCUGGA